AAUGAUAUUCCAGGACAGUGAGGUUAACCUUCGGUCCGUCCUCAAUCAUGCUGUUCCAAAUCGAACACGUACGUAUAGCAGUCAUAGAACUAGGUGAAUUGCCAGUUUGUGAUUUCCAAGCCCUCACAAACAUCCGGUAAUGCAGACCUUCGUCGCAGGCAUCCUCUUGGCUAGUGUGGCUGUCCAUGGCACUCAAGUUUACCAACCUGGCAUCUUUAUCUGCGAUACGUGGAAGGCGUGGAAGUGUUUUGACGACCUCUUCACCCCCGUCCGGUGGAAUGCGAACGGGUAUGACGUCGAGUGCAUGUCCGUGGAUGGCAUGACGUGUGUGACAACGCUGACGGUGAACGCGUGCUUGCAACUGAAAGCGCAACCGCCCACGGUGACCAAACCCAUCGUGUGUCCAUCCAAUGUCGCAGCUGCAGAGGCAAGCGUUGUAGCGUGGUGCAAAACAGCCAAAGACCGGCUUAAGUACUUGGACCAAGUAACGAGCGAGUAUCAGCCACGCUCCACCACGUUGUCCCCAACCACUGCACCCUCGUCACCUCCACGCGGCACUACCGCCACACCGUCGUCUUCUGCCACACCUGCGACCACUCCACCUUCUUCGGGCGCCCCAACCACGACGAAACCAGUCACAUCGAACACAACGCCCAAGCCAACUUUGCCGUCUACCCCGCCCACGACGACCAACAAAACCCCAACCACCCAAAGCCCCGCAACGACCAAACCCAGUACGCCAGGUCCAUAUGUUGACCCUUCGAAACCAUUCGCCUCGACUCUUGUCCCUACUACCCACAAGCCAACAAAACCGGUACAUCCGACGUUUGGGCCAUUCCCAAAUACCGCCACACCUACCACCACGAAGGCUACGUCUGCCACACCUGCGCCUGCUACGACUAAACCGACCACGUCAUCGCUUGCACCUACUACGACCAAAUCUGUAUCGUCAACUCCUGCACCUGCCACCACUAAGCCUACGUCGUCAACUCCAUCACCCAGCACUACCCAGCCAUCUUCGACUACCCACAAGCCAACAAAACCAGUACAGCCAACGUUCACACCACCUACCACCACGAAGCCUACGUCUGCCACACCUGCGCCUGCUACGACUAAACCGACCACGUCAUCGCUUGCACCUACUACGACCAAAUCUCACUACCCAGCCAUCUUCGACUACCCACAAGCCAACAAAACCAGUACAGCCAACGUUCACACCACCUACCACCACGAAGCCUACGUCUGCCACACCUGCGCCUGCUACGACUAA